AUGGGGGAUCUUGUCAGAUAUCUUGCCCCGGUAUACAUCUUUCCUGCUUGGUCCAUAUCCAAGCCAAAAGCUGAACGCCGCUUCGAUGAGAAGAACAUAGCCGACAAAACACACUCCGCUCUUGAGUUCCCCCAAAUCACAACAAAAUACUCUAUCUCAAAUCAAGAGAAAGGAUCAAAUACAAAGGUUUAUGCUAUAGUUUACAAAGAACGUGGUGUACGGCGUGUAUCACCACGUACCGGAAAAAUAUUUUACACUCCUGCUGUGAGCGAGUCACUUAAACCUCGUGUUGGUAUGGUCUUUGACUCAAUUGACCAAGCUUAUGGUUUUUAUGUCAAGUAUGCUCAUGCAAGUGGUUUCUCGGUUAGGAAGAACACUUCAUACAACAAUACAAAUGGUGUUCUUAAGUUGAAGUAUUUUACAUGUUCUAAAGAAGGUUUUAAAAUUCCUAAUAAGGGUACAGGAAAGCGUCGGAAACCAUCUAAGAGAGUUGGAUGUGAGGCUCAUAUUAAGUUACAGCUAACUGUUGAUGGGAAGUUUGAAGUAUAUAUUUUCCAAGAGGAACAUAAUCAUAGUUUCGUGCAUGAAGAAGACCUCCAGUUUUUGAGAUCCGUGAGAAGGGUUGAUCAUGCAAAAGAAAAUGCCAUUCAAGCGUUGUCUACGAUAAAUCUAGGGCCUGUAAGGGCAUUUAAUGUUUUGAAAAGUUUGUAUGGUAGUUACGAGGAGGUAGGUGCUACAAGAACUGAUUUUAAAAAUUAUAAGAGGGACUUAAAUCAAUACAUUGGGGAGAAUGAUGUAGAUAUGGUUAUUAAGCGUCUUGCGAAGAAAAAACAAUACUGUCCAAAUUUCUCAUUUGAGUAUGAAGUCAAUCAAGAUGGAACUUUAGGUGGUGUUUUCUGGGCGGAUGAGAUUUCAAAAAUUAAUUAUAUGGUUUUUAGUGAUGUCGUUGGGUAUGAUAUGGUAUUUGUUCCUUUCACUGGUAUAGAUAACCACAAUAGGAAUGUAACGCUUGGUGCUGCGCUUCUUGGAUCAGAAACUGCUGAUUCAUAUAGGUGGUUGUUGAGGAUGUAUGUUAAGGCGUUUGGUGUUGCACCUAAAGUAGUUGUUACCGACCAAGAUCCUGCCAUGAAAAGGGCUAUUUUAGAUGUUUUACCAGAUAGCCGUCACAGGUUAUGUAUGAGGCACAUAUGGGAGAAAUUGACUCCUAAGCUUGGACCAGUUUUGUGUAACACUACAGAUUUUAAAAAAACAUUGGCGAAGAUUGUAUGGUCAGAUUCAAUUUCACGUAAUGAGUUCGAGGAGAAGUGGCAUGCAAUACUUUCUGAGUAUUGUUUAAGUAAUCAUGAAUGGUUGGGCAGUCUUUAUAAUAUUAGACAUGAUUGGAUUCCAGCAUACUAUUUAGAAGAAAAUUUGUCAGGGCUUAUGCGUACGACAUCCAGAUCAGAGAGCGAGAAUCAUUUCUUUAAUCAAUUUUGCAAUCCACACUCAACUUUGGUUGAGUUUUUUAGCCAUUUUGAAACUGCAAUUGAGGCUCAAAGGUACGAGCAUAGAAAAAAUGAUCAUGAAACAAGAUACAAUGAAGAUGAACUUUGGUUCCCUGAUUUUGUACUUGAAGAACAAGCCUUAAAGUUGUUUACACGGACAAUAUUUUUGGAUCAACAAUUGGAGAUUUAUGAUGCCAUUAACAAAUGUGUGUCUGUUUCUAGACAACAAGUAGAUGGUUGUAUGAAGUUUGAAAUUGAGGAUAUCUUACAGCCAUGCACUUCAUAUUUUGAGGUUAUGUUUCGAAAUGAAGAUCAAACAAUAUCUUGUAGUUGUAGAAGGUUUGAACAAUGGGGAUUAAUAUGCCGACAUAUUUUUUAUGUUCUUAGGCUUUGUUACGUAACUGAGUUCCCAAAGAAGUAUGUGGCAAAGCGUUGGAGGAGAGAAGCCGUUCCAAAUAGUUCACUUCGACCUAUAAGGUAUGAUGAUAUCGAAAACAAUGGUGAUGAUAUUCAAGAAAUACUUCGUGAAAUAAGGUUUGCAAAUGAAUAUACAAUAAAUCGAUUGGUUCAAGACAAAGAGCAGUUGUGUCUUUACAGAGAUUAUCUAAAAGCUUACAUGUCUAAGGCUGAUGAUGUUCAAGUUGUUGCUCCGGCUCCUAGUAGGAGAGAUAGAUUUGCAAAAAUGACUGGGACUAGUGAACCAUGUGAUGUUAUAGUUAGAAAUCCAAUUAAAACAAGAACAAAAGGGACUCAUAAGCGUUUGAAGUCAAAUCGUGAGAUUGCAAUUACUCGAGCUGGGAAGAAACAAAAAGGAUGCAGUUUUUGCAAAGGUACUGGUCAUAAUGUACGCACAUGCAGUUUACGCAUACAAAGUACUAAGGAGAAAGAAGCGACAAGUAGUUCAGGAGUUACCAAUAUGCAAGAAUAG